AAAGCGAUUAAAAUGUUUUUAAGAAAAAUUACAAGUUUGUCGUACAACCACUAUUUCCAUUUCACGAACGAGAUAUAUUUACACGUUAUUGCAUUCACGAGCAAAUUUGCGUACGUAUCUCUGAAUACACUGGUUUUGCUUCCCAAGCUUCUCCUAAGCAUUUUUAUGGUUGUCCUCGUUUGCUCUUCUCUCCAGAAGAAAGCAGUCUCUCCGUCCAUUUACUUUCCACAUGGUCUUAAAGCUGUUCCUUUAGCGCGACGUUCAAAUUAGGACCUUUACGAUAAACUGUCCCAUUUUUCCUUUAGUACAACACAGUUGUGAACAAUAUGACGGUAAUGUAGCGUUCACGAAAGGUGUCGUCACUAGCAGACAAUUUUCCUUUCCGCUCUGAUCGCUUCUUUUCUUCCUUUCGUCCGCCUUGCCUUUGAGUUUCUCCAUAUCUCUCCCUGUUUCUCCUUCCUUUCUUCGUAAAUCAUUUUAUAAUAAAUAUAUCGUUUCUUGUUUUCCUUGUCCUUUCAAUCUAACAACGCGAUAGCGAUUUAAUCUGUUGACCUGUUGAUCUGUUGUUAAUUACGCAAUUAGAUAUCAACAAAACUUAAAUUUUUAUUGUCACAGCGAUCGUGAUAGUUUACCAGCUGGUAAACUUUUAUAAAAAUCGUAGUGACGUUGCUUGGUUGUAUAUCGAUUACGAUCACGAGUAUCAUUUGCAACGAUCAUGACAGUGUACGUUUCACAAAUAGUUUAGGAAUCGUAAAACUUGGUCGGUCAGGAUUACUACUUCCGUUCGCUCGAUGUUUUUGGAUUUACCGGCAUUGCGAUAUGGUAUCUUCAAUUCUCUCAAACCUAUCAAACUUUUUGGCACUGGCGUCGUCCCAGUUUUCACUGAUCCUUUUAUUAUCCGUGCAGUUCCUCGGUAUUAAAGUCGGUUUUCGUAAAACGGCGAAGACGAUACCAGACAAGGGAGACGAGGCGUGUGGACAAGUGUGUGGGUGUGUGUGUGUGUACACGAGAAUAAGCGACUGUGACGGACAAGUUUGGGUAGACCGACAUCCGGUUUAGGCUUAUCCUGUUCCAAUCUUGUUGUAACAAUGUCUAACAAGAUGCGUUAGUAAUGGUAUUAAGGUAAUACAAUAUACAUUUUAUUAGUAUUAAGAUGAUACCGUUACUAGAAUGUUUAGGAAAAUUUCUAUUUUGACCAACACUACUAAUGAAAUGAAAUACAAUUUGUUCCAUUGCCUAAAUAAUACAAAUGCAUUAUUUUAGAUAAUUGACACUUAUAUCGCCGCGUAUCCCGUGUGUUUUUUGCGUAUUUAAAUACCUGAUAGAUAUGAGAUCAUGUUAAAUAUGUGAUAGAAUAUGAGCUGUGAAUAUUUAACUUGUUUUAUUUCAUAAAUAUUAUAGCAAUUGUGAAACGUAUGCUUGCUCUGACCAACCAACCAAAUCGUCGUACAAACAGAAAUAUUGAUUCUCUGGAAAAUGAAAUUAACAUCGUGUUAACGUAUUGCUUAAUUAAAUAUUAUCUUGGUAGUUACAUUUUAUUUGAAACACGUGUUAUUAAAUAUUCGUGCAUCAAAGCUGAGUUAAUGAAAAAUGCAGAGGUAUGCUUUUAGCAUGUAAUUUUUUAAUUUAUAUUUCCAACGACGUUUCACGUGAUUUUAAUCUUCUACAUGCAUAUUACAUGUCACAGCGAUCGAUACUUUCGGAAGAAAUUCAUUAAUUAUUGACUCCUUAAUCGCAUGUUAAUUACAUACAUCGGAACGAUCUAUUAGUUUAAAGAGAAUUUAUCAUCAAAAUGAACUAAGCACGUUCGCGUUGAAUUUUAAUUAAUAUUAACUAAUUUAAUCACUAGUUACGUUACGACUAAUCGAUUUGUAUCAUAAUGGGUAUAUUAAUGAAACGCGCGUCUUAAAAAUAAUCUAGAAAAUGUUUCAACGAUAUGAACUGUAAUGUUGACCAAUGUCGAUAUUUAAAAAAUGAUAAUAAAUUAACGAAUGCCAGGAAGUUUUUACACCAGGAAAUAUUUAGAAAAGAGUAAGAGCAUCGGGAUAAUAGAGACUUGUUGACAAUAGGGUCCUCGUGACAAUAGACGAUAGAAUAGAAUGGCGAAUAGCGAUUCGUAGCGACGGAAUAGAAUGGACAAUAGGUGCUCGACAAUAGAAGAUUCUACAUGAUGUCUCAUACAAACGUAAAGAAAUUAUCUAUAAAUAAUUAUGUAUUUCAUUUUCGAAGAAUCUACAACUUCAUUUAUCUCUAAGCUUUUAUUUCAACCAAUUUAAUUUCCACGAAAAUACUGAUCACUUGUAGCUUCUAUCGUUGAACAGAAUAUAAAUAAAUCUUGACGAUAGAAAUUCUCAGCAAAUCCAGGUUCGUUGUCGAUGAAAGAUAAUUUACAAAAUAAUUAAAAACAUCUACCGUCUAUUAAUAAAUCGCGCGAGCGUGUGAUUCGUUGGUAAAUAAUAUAGGAAAAAGAGAGGAAGAAGGAGAGGAAAGAAAAACUAGGAAGUAUCGAACAUAGUGUAAAUAACGUAGCAAAAAGUCAUAAAAAAGGGAAACUAGAAAGUAUUUAGCGUACGAUAAAGCAUCUUCUUCUCGUCACUGUUCCACGUGAAUGAAUGAAAUGAAAGCGACAACGCGACCGAUGGAGAAACGUAGCUAACGAGCAUCGCUUUGUUCAACACAGGUUACCAUUUCUGUCCGUGUUGCCUGAGAUUUAGUACAGAUAAAAAAAAAAGGGGGUAUCAAGUAAGAAACGAAUGGACCAUCGGAUCAGAAUUUUCUCUCGCGUAGUCGGUAUACGCGUAAUUGCGACAGAGUGGGGAAAAAUAUAAAAGAAAGUUUAGCGGAUGAAAACUUUCUAGUCAUGUGACAACGCACAUGGACGUUACCUCGUGAACGAAAUCAUCGACGAUUCGUUAUUCCGUGCAGAAAUGCAUGAAACGACGCUUCGCCUCGCAAUUUGUGUCCGUUCUCUUCGAUCACAGUGAACGAUAGAACUCGAAUCGCUCGAAAGUGGCGAAGUGCACACGUGUUUGUACGAUCGCCAGCUCCGGCUAUGUUAUUUUAAAUCACGAACUUUAUUCGAAUAAAUAUAAUAGUGCAACGGGGUAAUUGUACAAAGUGGAGUUUCUUAAUUUCGAAAAUGAAUAUACUUAUACGGGUGAGUAUCAAUUACAUUACGAUUUACUAUAUCGGGUUUCAUGGAAUAUUUAUCACGUUGGCACAUUGAUUAAUUUUCUGAAUGGAGCUGCAAUCACGUAUACGAGAGGCACAACGUGCGUAGCUCUAUCUUCUUUCCCAUUCGUCUCGUAACACAUUUUCGGUGUAUAAUAAAACAGUAUUUGGUCGAUUCACAUCGUCGACGUUUAUCAUAACGCGUUGUCACGACGCUGUUUCAUCGUCCAAAUUGAUAGAAACGUCAAGGACUAUCAAUAGGAUCGAAAUUGUGAAACUGAUUGUAUGCAGACAACUCGAUAACUUGAAACACGGAGACUGUAUAAUAUGAUUCGACGUGUGAAAUAAUUGCAUACUGUAUCAACGAAGAAGGAAUAGCGGAUCGUACAGUAAUUUCUCGAAUAACGUCAGUUAGAUCGUAAUAACGUAAACGACAAAUAACUCAAAUUCGAAGUUAGGAACGUCGUUAAAUUUUAGCUACUAUAUAUUAAUAAAUUAUGAAAAGAAAAGACUAAAAGUUAAUAAAAGUAGUAAGAAGAUACGUUUUUAUCGAUACGUUCGAUCAUUUUUUGAAUCGUAUAAAAUCAAUAAUUUGUUGCUUCACUAGCGCUGUUUUCUAGUUGCACUUUUCGCGUUGCUGUUCGAAAUUAUCGAAAUGGGAGACGGUUACAAACUAAUCAGGCCGUACAAAUACUAUCAACGUAGACCAUGGUGGCGGCAUCGAUCGUACACGGAUCACAAAUCAUCCAAGUUCUACCACUCUAAGAGGAUAUCACCGGAAGACCAUUAUUCUCGAAGGCCAAGUUAUAAUAGACGUUUCAGAUAUGGCUCUACGAGAGACGAUUUCGAUGGAGGCGCCGAAAAUCAUCACCCUUACACCAUCGUGAUACAAUUGCCCAAAGAAGAAGAUAAAUACGAAGACGAUAAUUAUGAAAAGCGGAAAAGGAAUUACGAAAGGAUUUCUAUACCUGUGUAUACUAUUGAAAAUGAUUAUAUCGAGGAUGAGGAUGACAUUGAAUCAAAAGUAGUGAACGUAAAUAACAAAAAGAUGCAAAUAAAGAUGAUCAAAGGCGAAAAUCCCAAACUGCAUAUCAAAAUAUCAAGAUCGGACAAUGACAAAAAUAUAGAAAUUGUAGAUAAAACGAACACCACCGAAGUAAAUCUACCAUCAUUAUCAAGAACGUAUGCAAAUUUAACAACACCUGUGCCACAAUCAACGGAAUAUUGGGCUCCAACGCCUCAUUUUGAAGAUAUUCGACAGAAACGAAUUUAGAAAUUCUAAUUUAUAUUUAAGACGGUAUUUCUAUUAAGCUUAAAAUUAAAUUAUUGUUUAAUAAAAAAUUACUACAUCUUUAGCCAUUUAUUAAGUCAGCUAUAUAUAAUAGUGGAACAUAGUAUUAAAGUCUAAGAUUAAGAAAUAAAUUUGUUUGUUACGUUUACUGUAAUUUCUUUUCGGUUGUUUCCCACGCAAGAACGAGACUAUAAGCUAUACAGCACGAAAAAGCACAGGA